UGUGUGCAAGUGUUCGCGAGGUGAAGGGCGGGGAGGGGGGGGGCAGAGCCGCGUGCGCGAGCAGGAAUAGGAGUGCGCGCUGGACAGCAGCACACCGGUCGGAACCUGGACUUACAAGGAUGGAGGUCCGACCAGAUCGGGCUAAGGCAGCUGCAGCCAAGACACUCGGUAAAUUAUACAGGAUCCUUGAGAAGCGGCAGGAGAAUGGCGAGACCAUCGAGCUGUCGGCGGAGGGGCGUGCGGAGCUGGUGGAGGAGAAGGAGCUGCCGGUGGUGGACUGCACCUGCUGCGGCCUGCCCCGCCGCUACAUCAUCGCCAUUCUCUGCGGCCUGGGCUUCUGCAUCUCCUUUGGCAUCCGCUGCAACCUCGGGGUGGCCAUCGUCAGCAUGGUCAACAACCACACCAUCUACAAGGGGGACAAGCCAUAUAACGUGAAAGCCCAGUUUUCAUGGGACCCAGAGACGGUGGGCAUGAUCCACGGCUCAUUCUUCUGGGGUUAUAUCGUCACACAAAUCCCAGGCGGAUUUAUCUGUCAGAAAUUUGCAGCCAACAGGGUGUUCGGCUUUGCCGUAGUUUCCACCUCCAUCCUGAACAUGCUGAUUCCCUCGGCAGCGCGCGUCCACUUUGGCUGUGUCAUCUUAGUGAGGAUAUUCCAGGGCCUUGUUGAGGGUGUGUCUUACCCAGCUUGUCAUGGUAUCUGGGCUAAAUGGGCUCCUCCCCUCGAGAGAAGCCGACUGGCAACAACAGCAUUCUGCGGUUCCUACGCUGGUGCGGUGGUGGCGAUGCCGUUGGCCGGUAUCCUGGUGCAGUACGCUGGCUGGCCCUCAGUGUUCUAUGUGUAUGGGACCUUCGGGAUCAUGUGGUACAUAUUCUGGAUAAUGGUGUCCUAUGAGAGUCCUGCUGCCCACCCCACCAUUACCAUUGAGGAGAGGACGUACAUUGAAGAGGCCAUUGGAACUUCUGGUCUUUCCAUACAGAAGUUUAAGACUCCCUGGAAACAUUUCUUCACGUCCAUGCCGGUGUACGCCAUCAUUGUAGCCAACUUCUGCAGGAGUUGGACCUUCUACUUACUGCUCAUCAGCCAGCCUGCAUACUUUGAAGAAGUGUUUGGCUUUGAGAUCAGCAAGGUUGGAAUGAUCUCAGCCCUGCCUCACCUGGUCAUGACCAUCAUAGUCCCCAUAGGAGGCCAGCUGGCUGACUACCUGCGGACCAACAACAUCAUGACCACCACCAACGUCCGCAAACUCAUGAACUGUGGAGGUUUCGGGCUAGAGGCCACCUUUCUAUUAGUGGUAGGGUUCUCUCAUACCAGAGGGAUGGCCAUAUCUUUCCUGGUUUUGGCCGUAGGCUUCAGUGGAUUUGCAAUAUCAGGGUUUAAUGUUAACCAUCUGGAUAUCGCUCCACGGUAUGCCAGUAUUCUCAUGGGCAUCUCCAACGGUGUUGGCACAUUGUCAGGCAUGGUCUGUCCACUCAUUGUGGGCGCCAUGACGAAGCACAAGACGCGAGAGGAAUGGCAGUAUGUCUUUCUCAUCGCUUCUCUUGUGCACUAUGGUGGUGUGAUCUUCUAUGGAAUAUUUGCCUCUGGAGAGAAGCAACCGUGGGCAGAGCCUGAGGACAUGUGUGACGAGAAGGUGGGAAUCCUGGCAGAGGACGAGUUAGCCGACGAGACGGAAGAACUGUACAGGACAUCAGGAGGAGGCGGCUACGGGGCCAUGAACCAACCAGACAACACGAAUGGUGAUGGGGGCGGCGGCGGGGGCGGGGGUGGCGGGGGCUGGGUUUCCGACUGGGACAAGAAGGAAGAGUACGUCCAGCCAGCAGGCACCAACAGCUACCUGUACGGAGGAGAGGAUGACAGAGAACUGACGUAGAGAGAACGAUAGAAGCAAAGAGAGGGGGAAACAGAGGGAUGAGGGGUGGGGUUCAGAAUUGAAGUAUAUGAAAGGACUGAAAUGGAAGAAAGAGGGGAGAGUGGGGCUGAACAGAUUAAAGGAGGAAAUAUGAGAAUGAGUGAAGCCAAAGAUUACAUAAAACAAAAGAUAGAUAAGAUACCAUAGAAGAAAAAGGAUUGUGUGUUUGGAAGUGUCUCUGUGUGUUUCCGUGUUUAUGAGGGUGUCUUGUGAUUUAAUGUGUGACGGAGCAUCUCACUGCGAUGCUCCAGACAGCUAGCCCACCCAGUAACCCAAUUUCAUUCUGAUGUCACCAUGUGUCACUUUGUUAAGUAACUCUGGCCAGCUAAUCUUUAGUUGGAGUCCUUUUAUGAUGUACCCCAACCACUGUUGCAAGCCUCAAUUGAUAGGAGAAAUGAAUUGGUCAGAAAGAGGAUUGGGAAUAUUCCUGACUAGGAAGAAAGACGUGUAUUUCUCUUGUGCCAAUACAAUACUCAGUGUGGCUUGAAUGUGGCAUUGGGCCCUCCUAAAGUGUAGAAUGACUAAAACUCACCCUUCCUAAUAUACAAUGCAUGCUACACUAUACUAUAUCAGCACAUAGAUUUAUUUCCUUAACUGAAAUUAAAUUAGACGUUUUUAGCUAGACAUACAGUGCCUAGUGAAGAAUUUCUAAUUUGAUAGAUUAUUGUAUUGAUUCUGUAUAUUACGUUUCUAUGUUUUGCAGUGCAAUAGCAUCUCGAACACCAGC